UACUCAUCACAUGACCGACGAUCACUUUAGGCCAUAUUUGACAGUGGGCUGAUUACUUUGUUCCGCGAACUUUAGUGUAGAAUAGUUCUACAGAGUCCUCCGAACCUGUAAAUACUCGCGAAAUAGUGAAAAUGGCAGACACACCUGAAUACACACCCUUUUUUGGAGUUAUGGGAGCAGCGUCAGCAAUUAUUUUCAGCGCGCUGGGAGCCGCCUACGGGACGGCCAAGUCAGGCACAGGUAUCGCAGCCAUGUCUGUGAUGAGACCAGAACUCAUCAUGAAGUCCAUCAUCCCCGUGGUCAUGGCUGGUAUCAUCGCCAUCUACGGUCUGGUCGUGUCUGUGCUCAUAGCCGGAGCUCUGGAGACACCCGCCAACGGCUACACCUUGUUCAAGAGCUUCCUCCACCUGGGCGCUGGGCUGGCUGUAGGCUUCAGCGGGCUCGCGGCCGGGUUCGCCAUCGGCAUCGUGGGAGACGCUGGAGUGCGAGGUACGGCUCAACAGCCCCGUCUCUUCGUAGGAAUGAUCCUUAUCCUCAUCUUCGCCGAGGUGUUGGGUCUCUACGGUCUCAUCGUCGCUAUCUACCUCUACACAAAGGUCCAAUAAACUCUCCCCUCCCCCUGUCAUCAUAAAUGUAGGCGAUCGUACCACCUCGAGUCGGAUGAUAGCACAAUAAUUUAUUUUAAAUCAGUUUCGUUUGUCCGAUCUAAGAUCGGACGUUUUAAAAUUGUUUUUUAUAAUGUAAAUCGUUACAUAGAUCUAAAGGUCUCAUAUCGAUAUUAUUUCGAGUACAUAUUGCUAUUUUUGUAAAUAUAGUGAUUUCAGAAGCAGUGCUAUGACCUUAGGUAGCUUUAAGCUUGUGUAAAUUUCUCUGAGCCGAGUUACAAAAAUGUAUUUUUAUUUGAUCCGAUGUAACGAUCAUUACCCUAGUGUAACGUAGGUGAAAUGAUGUAGCGAACUGUAAAAAUCCUCGAGUAUUUAUCAAGUGGAUAAUUUAUGUAAACAAACCGACGGAGGACACACGAGCCGUGAUGUACUUCGAAAAGACUCUGUAGAAUUAGUUCUGAGGCGGGAGCUUAGCGAGAUUGUAAGCUAUGAAUAAUUUGUACAUUCCAUAUUGUGUAAAAACCCUAAUAAAGAAUGAGUUGUUACGGCCUGUGUGUUGCUGAGGCCUACCUUGGAGUGUUUUUGUUCUCCUAUAACUAGAUGUCCAUAGCGUUGUUGUAUCGUGCAUAGCGCAGUGGCGUGCAGUGUUGUCACAACACUCUACGCCACUUCAGUUCACUGCCAUCUAGUCAUGGCUGUUAGGUUAUCGUGUCAAUAAAUUCAACUUAAAUUAGGUACUUGUGAUUUAUUAUUUUAUUUUUGUAGUAUGUUAAAUAUAGUCGCCUGUUAUUCUUUCUAAGCUGUGUGCUGUAGGCAUGUCAGUCUGUUAUAUUGGUGUAUGAAUGGAGUCAAAUGUAAUAAUAUUAUAAAACCACAAGUGUUAGUAUUAUUCUUCCUAGUCUUGUCGUCUAAGGUGUCCGAGCUAAUUUUUCUUUUUCAAAUUUUUUAUCGUCAUUUUUAUCGGUUUUGCCCAUUGAGGUAUGUUACUUACUGUCGUGCUUAUCUUUGGUUUUAUUGUUAUUGUAUUUGGUUUGAAGGUUUAAUAAAAGCAAUCUGUUUUUAUAA